AUGCCCGUAGAUGACGACAGCGACGAUGAAGACAACAAACCGAUAUACGAAUCAUUCGCCGGCACGAAGAAGAAGUAUAAACCAGUCGCCUUGAAGACUUGGCCAGUCCUCGGGGCCGUCGAUGAACAGUUUCAUAUUCGUCGCGACAUCAGAGGCGAUCCCCUCGAAACCAUGCCGACACUCUCGAAGCACCCGCCACCGUUCGUGCCUACCAGCCAAUACACCAAGGAGCGGAAACAAAUGUCCGACAAAUUGCACAGUGGGGACUUCCUUCUACCAGCCGAACGCAAGCUCGUCCAUCACUUCAUGUCGCUACACAACGACACCUUCACAUGGACCGACGACGAGACGGGCUGUUUCAAACCGGCUUACUUCCCUCCAGUCGAGAUCCCCGUGGUUCCGCACACGCCUUGGGUCCAGCAAAACAUCCCAAUUCCGCCGGGACUGUACAAUGAGGUUUGCACACAGGACGGUAAAGCACUUCGUAUUGUUCACAGUCUCAAACCCCUUAACGCAGUAACGAUUCAACAUUCGGGAGUUCCUCCAACGCCCGAACAUCUCGCCGAACAGUUCGGCGGCCGACCCUGUGGGGGAAUGCUUGACCUAUUCGUAGGCUACAACGAACACCUUAUAGCGGAGAAAUUGAGAGACCUCACCACAUUUCAGUCGCCGUAUGGUGCGCUUCGACUACGAACGUUGCCAAUGGGCUGGACAAACUCGGUUCCAAUCUUCCACGAGGACGUUACUUACAUCCUGCAGCCCAAGAUUCCCAAGAUUACCAUCCCGUACAUUGACGACGUUCUGAUCAAGGGCCCCGAAACAGAUUACGGAGGUGAACGACUCCUCGAGAACAAUGGGAUUUGUCGAUUCGUAUGGCAGCACUUCGAGAACCUCAAUCAAGUGGUUACUCGGAUGCGCUACGCUGGUGGCACCUUCUUGGGACCGAAAAGUGUCUUGAUUGCGUGGGAAAUCAUGGUGUCAUCCGAAACUGGGGACCCUGCGAGACACUCUCUGACGUUCGAGCAUUUCUUGGAACCAUCGGAGUCGUACGAUGCGGACUUCGAGUUCGGUCCCGAGCAAUUAGCUUCCCAACAGGAUCUCAAGGACGCCUUACUCAACUCAGCAGCGCUGCGCGUGAUCAACUACGACUCCGCCGCUCCAGUCAUUAUGGCGGUCGACACUUCGUAUAUCGCCGUUGGAUAUCACCUUUGCCAGACCGACGAAGCCAACACCCGACUCCGAUAUUAUAGCCGAUUUGGUUCGAUUACGCUUAAUGAUCGGGAACGGCGAUUCUCACAACCAAAGCUUGAGAUUUACGGCCUUUUUCGAGCGCUCUGA